ACGAAGUCCAAGUUUGUCAAAGUUAUCGAAAGCUUCAAACAGUUCAGUGAAAAAUGGUUUUCACACGUCUUGUUGUUAAUAUUUCUCAUACUUUACGGCUUUCUCGGCGCCUAUGUCUUUGUGACCCUCGAGGGACCCAACGAAAGCAAUAUUAAGACAUCAGUGAGUAAUAUGAGAGAGAAUAUUAUCCGUGAGUUGUGGUGGAGUUCCCAGAAGUUCACAAAGGGCUGGUGGGAUAAGUUGGCCAAAAUACGGAUGAAGGAGUUUGAACGACAACUACAUGAGGCCUGUAUUGCCGAUCAAACCACAGACUCGGAGAAAAUGCAGGCAACAAAUUAUCUCUUUUUGUCGCAUUUCUCAAUCGACAACUUUGACACCAAGACCCGGACAAUUUUCAGCGAAUUCAAAGGUAUGGACCUUUUGGCAUGCACUAUUUUUCAGCUCAACUAUAUUUACGACAAUCGGCAAGAUUUUAUUAUAUUAUUCACGGUUACUGGUUACGGACAUGUGGUGCCCAAAACAGAUGCGGGAAGAGUGGCCACAAUUAUCUAUGCAUUCAUUGGUAUUCCUCUACUUCUAAUGGUUUUGACGGAUUUGGGAAAACUCUUCACACGAGGAAUCAAAUUUAUAUACUACAUGAAACACAUUAGAAAAGUGAGAUCUGUUGGCAGGAAAGCCACUCAGAAACUGCCGACUCAGUAUAUGAGCCAGGCAUUGGAAAGGGUGUCACAACUGCCCCACACUUUGACGGAUAAGGUUGACAAGAAUAGUGACAAUAAUUCAAACACACAUUUAAAGCCAGAAAACAAUGCAAAGGGUAAAAGUCGGUCGAGAAGCGUAUCGCCGGCUAAAGAGUCGACAUCCCGAUCCACAUCUGUGGUUAUGUCAAACCCGGGGUCGUCUACCGGAGUGGGCGAUGAGACCCCUAUGCAAGAAGAGCCCAAAGACUUCGAAGUGGACGACGAGUUCAAUCUCCCCAUAAGUGUUGCCGUUAUUCUGUUGCUCUCUUAUAUGAUGAUCGGCGCCGCGGCCUUCACUCUUUGGGAGGACUGGUCUUUCUUCGAGUCCUUUUACUUCGUGUAUAUCUCUCUGUCAACCAUUGGUUUCGGUGAUUACGUGCCGAAACACCCCAUCUUCAUGAUGUGUACGUUUAUAUACCUAUUGUUUGGAUUGGCGUUGACUUCGAUGUGCAUUAAUGUGGUUCAGGAGAAACUGAGCGCAACCUUUCAAAAGGCAAAGUUAAGAAUCGGCGCCACAAUGGGUCUCGACGUACAACAGCUCAUGGAAGAGGACUUCCAGAUGGAGUCCAAAGAGAGUAGUAUUGAAAAGGACACCAAACCCGUGGACACCAGGAGUGCAAAG